AUGAACAAUAACAACAGCACUGAACAACCACCGUUUCGAUCCCAUCCCGCCGCGAAAAAUGGCGACAAGUUUCCUCGUGUUUCGAGCAGUCCGUCGCUGAAGGCGCUCGGAUCUCAAACGAGUAUGCAGGAAAUGAUGAGUGCUCUGCUGCAGGAUAGGAUCCUUCAAGAAUAUGAAGCUCCUUGUGCUUUCGAGGGAUUCAGUACUGACGGACUCGCCGCCAUUGCUGCCAAUUGCAGGAAUCUACGGGAGCUGGACUUGCAUGAGAGCGAUGUGGAGGACCUGAGUGGGCAUUGGCUCAGCCAUUUUCCUGAUACCUACACGUCAUUUGUGUCCCUUAACAUUUCUUGCUUGGGGUCUGAGUUGAGUUUCUCUGCCCUGGAGCGCCUGGUGGCUAGGUGUCCCAACCUGAGGAGUCUCCGGCUCAAUCGUUCCGUGCCUCUUGACAGGCUAGCCAAUCUACUUCGCCUGGCACCUAGGCUGACUGAUUUAGGCACAGGGGCCUACUCAGCUGAGUGGCGGCCUGAUGUCUUUACAAUCCUAUCACGUGCCAUCUCAGGAUGCAAGGAAAUCAAGAGCCUAUCUGGAUUUUGGGAUGUGGUACCAUCAUAUCUUCCAGCUAUUUAUUCGAUCUGCCCUGGGCUAACAUCACUAAAUUUGAGUUAUGCCAUAAUUCAAAGCCCGGCUCUUGUAAAGCUUGUUAGCCAAUGCCCGAAUCUGCAGCGCCUCUGGGUAUUGGAUUACAUUGAAGAUGUUGGCCUUGAUGCCCUGGCGGAAUCUUGCAAGGAUCUACGAGAGUUAAGGGUGUUUCCCUCAGAUCCAUUUGUGGUGGAACCAAAUGUGUCCUUAACAGAGCAGGGCCUCAUAUCUGUUUCUGAGGGCUGUCCAAAGCUCCACUCAGUUCUGUACCUCUGCUGCCUCCACAACUUCGUCCUCUAG